CAGGUUGGAAGGCGGGUACAGAGGGGGCCAGCCACUUGACGUGUAUCUGUGAGGUUACCUAGUGUCCAGCAGAGAAGACAGCAGACAGGCGUAGGUGAGCUUCACCCAGCAUGAGCUGUGUGUGUGCUGCUCUCCCUGCAUUUCACAGGUGGCUCCCACCUGCCUCUGCACCUCUGGUGAGCAGAGAGCCACCCCGCAGGGCCUGCAGCCAUCCCAUGUCUGUAGAGCAUGUACAUCUAGCAGAGGACAGGCCAUGCAUAUGGAGCAGACGACCAGAUCAGUGGUCUCACGCUUCACUGGGAGGUGGCUCACCAUUCCUCCCGUGUCUUGGGUUCUUUAUUCCUUUGACCUCUCUGCAGUUAGAUCAUGGUUGCAGGCCUCUUCAGUUUACCCCACAGCGUUGGCCACCCCGUGUUCUUUAAACAGUCUUUUUUGUUUUUGUUUUUUUGUUUUUGUUUUUUUUUUAGUUUCAUAGCUCUUCACUUUGAAACUUGAUUGUGAUUUGUUUUUGUGAUUUGUUUCUGUGAUUUGUAAGUAAAAGCAGUUGUGUGGUGCAGCUGGAAUUUAGGGAGAGCUCCUGCCCCAGGACAACCGCUCAGUGCUUGGGAGGGUUUAGGAGAGCUACAGACUUAAACUCCGCCUUGGCUCCAGGAUGGGUGGGGAUGUACCUUUGGGCCCUAAUCCCAGCCAAUCUUUCUUGCCCUGUGUCGUCAGGCAUUUCCUGGCUUCCAAGGUUGACCAAGGAGGAAUGUAAUCUAAGGAGAGGUCACUCUGGCCUUCCACAGCUGAUCAGUUUGAUUUCUGAGAGAGGGGUGGCUUGCUUCAGGGGAGCCUGGAACUUCUGUUUCCCAUGACCCAAGUGUUGUUAGCCUGAGCUCUAGGCACAGUGCUCUCAGCCCAAGUCCUCAUAGCAUCAGUCUAUAGCUUCCUUUUGUUCUUGUCAAGAUUUGAGUUUCUCUUAUGUAGGCUUGACUGUCCUGAACUUGCUUUGUAGACCAGGCCUUGAACUCAGGAGAUCCUCUGGGAUUAAAGGAAUGUGCCACAGCCAGGCGCUGGCAUGCAGGCCUUUAUUCCAGUACUCAGGAGGCAAGUGGGUUUCUCAGUGUGAGGCCAGCCUGCUCUACAGUGAGUUCCAGGACAACAAGGGCUACACAGAGAAACCAUGUUUGAGAAGAUAAGGUGUCACUACUACCCAGCAACUUUUUUUUUCUAAUGUGUGUGUCUUAUACUUGUAUGUCUGUGUACUACACUACAUGUACAGUGGUCUAUAGGCCAGAAUUCCCUGGAACUAGAGUUAACAGACACUUGUUACCUGUUCUGUGGGUGCUGGGAAUUGAACCUGGGUCCUAUGGAAGAGCAGUCAGUACCUUUUUACCUGCUGAGCCCUCUCUCCAGCCCCUUUUUGUGAUUUCUGCCAAAAGGCAGGACAGUGUUUAGAAUGCCAAACAGUUUUUUGUUUGUUUGUUUUUUAAUAUUUUGGGUCUAGGCUGAUCUCGCAGACUUCCUGAAUGCAGGGCUUAAAGGUGCACAUCACCACUACCCAGCUAAACAUGACUCUUUCUAAAAAGUAGUUUUUACUUAAUUUUGUGUGUGUUUUAUUUGCAUGCUAUGCAUGCUUGUAGAGGUCAGGGAAACCUGUAGGAAGGUUUUUCUGCUUGGUGUGCACCUAGAAGUUGAACUUAGAUAACUAGACUUGUAAGCAAAGUGUCUUCCCCCGCUGAACCAGCUCCUGAGCCUGGCUCUUUGUUUUGUUUUUUUUUUUACAUAUUUUGUAUGUGUGCUAUAUGCAUAUGGAGGCCAGAGGUCAACUUGUAGGAGUUGGUUCUCCUUCCACUGUGGAUCCCAGGGCUGGAACUCAACAUCUGGCUUCAGGGCAGGUACCUUUACCUGCUGAGCCAUCCUACCAUUCCCCAAGCCUGGUUCUUAAUAGCUCCUGCCACCCCAGGUUACCUGCACGACAUUGCUUGUGCAGUCUUCGCUGGGCUGGCACAUUCACAGGGCAGGACUGUCCCCCGAGGGAUCCUGUGGAGGAAGUAAAGCAGUAAGUCCACCAGAUCAUCCCAAAGCCCACACUGGGUGUGCAAAUGGACACCAAAGGCCGGACGUGUCACCAGGAACUUGGUUAUCUAUGAAAGACCCUGGCAAGAUCGCUGCCAGCUGAAAUGGUCAUGUUUGGCAUCAGCUGCUGUUUAGUCUGCUCAGGUAGAGCGACAAACACACUGGCCUGCUGUUCUCAGGUGGCCCCUCUGGGUGAAUCAGUGCUCUUGGGCUCCGCACUACAGGUUCUGUAGGGUGGGCUCGGCUCUAGCUCCUGUGGCAUAAGGGAGCUUAGAGAUAGGCUGAACAGAGUUCUUGUUAGAUCCCUAUUGUGGCCUCUCUGAGGUCUGCCUGGCUGCUUUCGGAGUACUCAAACCACAAGGGCUGCCCAGGCCAGAGACAGGAAGGGGUGACUCCAGGUUAAUAGAUGAGCUGAAUGCUGGCCCAGCCCCACCUCUGGGGACCCAGCUGAUGUCAUCAGAGUGAGCCUGGGGAGCAGGGCAGGGCUGAGCUGGCAGGCUCUCCUUGCCUCCGAUUCAGCUUGGUUAGCUGGGGGCCCCUAGUUCUGACUUGCAGGAUGCCCUCCCAACAGACCACAGACCCCUCUCCUGCUCGGGGCAGCCCAACCCUGAGGGAGAUGGAACCCAAGGACCAGCAGCUCAUGGUGGCGCUUCGGAUCCGCCCACUCAACAGUACAGAACUGGAGGAAGGAGCCACUGUCAUCGCACACAAAGUUGGGGACCAGGUGGUUGUGCUCAUGGACCCAGGCGAAGACCCAGAGGACACGCUGCGAGCACACCGGUCCCGGGAACGUACCUUUAUAUUUGACACCGUAUUCGACCAGCAAGCCUCUCAGGAAACCGUAUACCGUGUGACCAUCCAGCAUUUAGUGGAAGGCGUCAUCUCUGGAUACAAUGCAACAGUUUUUGCCUAUGGCCCCUCAGGUGCUGGGAAGACUCACACCAUGCUGGGCAUGGAUGCAGAGCCAGGCAUCUAUCUGCAGACCCUCACGGACCUCUUUCAGGCCAUCGAGGAGACCCAGGACAACAUGGAAUAUAGUGUGUCUAUGUCUUACUUGGAGAUUUAUAAUGAAGUGAUCCGGGACCUCCUGAAUCCAUCCUCUGGGUUUCUGGAGCUAAGGGAGGACUCUAGAGGCAGCAUCCAGAUUGCAGGCAUCACAGAAGUAUCCACCUCAAAUGCUCAAGAGAUCAUGCAGCUGCUCACCAAAGGCAACCGGCAGCGCACACAGGAGCCCACAGCUACCAACAAGACUUCGUCCCGCUCCCAUGCCGUGCUGCAGGUCACUGUGCACCAGAGAAGUCGAGGCGGAGACCUGGCAGAGGAGGUGCGUCUCGGGAGGCUCUUCAUGGUGGACCUGGCAGGCUCGGAGCGCGCCGCCCAGACUCAGAACCGGGGCAAGAGGAUGAAGGAGGGUGCACACAUCAACCGCUCGCUGCUGGCCCUGGGCAACUGCAUCAACGCACUCAGCGAGAAGGGUGGGAGCCGUGCUCAAUACGUGAACUUCCGUGACAGCAAGCUCACACGCCUGCUGAAGGAUGCCCUGGGAGGCAACAGUCGCACAGUGAUGAUCGCCCACAUCAGCCCGGCCAGCACCAGCUUUGAGGAGUCAAGAACCACACUGCUCUAUGCCUAUAGGGCGAAGAACAUCAAAACAAGGGUCAAGCGCAACCUACUGAACGUCUCCUACCGCAUCGCGCAGUACACUGAUGUCAUUUCUGACCUGCGCAGGGAAAUCGAGCACCUCAAAUCAAAGAUUGAGAAGCAGGAUAAGGAGAAGAAAAGUGACCCCAGCGUUCUGGAUAUCCAAGUCACAGUCCCCCAGGAUGCAGAGGAGGACAGUCGUCUACAGAUGAACAAGAUCCGGGCGCAGCUUAUCGGGGCUUUCAAGGAGCAGAUGGAGAUGCGGCGCAGCCUGGUGGAGCUGGAAAAUACCAACAUUGAGCUGCACAUAGACAUGUCUCGCCACCUCCUGACCAUUGCAGACUGGGAGAAGACCCUCCACCACGCAAACAUGGACAAGAGUAAGAAGGACAAGGAGCCUGUAGAUGCUGAUGGAGAGGAAGUCGAGGCUUCUGAGCCCCCAGAGGUGGCUCUGGCCAGAGAGGAGGUGAAUUUGCUCUUGGCUGAACAGCAGAAAACAGCAGCUCUCAAGGCUGGGCUAGAGCAGCGCCUGGCCCAUGCCAAGCAGAAGGCCUCACAGAUGGAGAAGUUGCUGCCCAGGCAGGUGACCAGUGAGGACCAGCGGGAGGUCCUGCAGCUGCUGUGCAGGGCCCACGAGCUGGAGGUGGAGAACACGGAGCUUCAGGCGGACAACCUUUGCCGUAAGAACCUGCUAUGCCAGAAGGAUUUCGUGAUCCAGCGCUAUCACCAGCACCGGCUGCUGUGUGAAGAGGUCAUCCAGGGGCAGCGACAGCUGAUGCAGGACAAAGGCCUCUCAGUCCCGGAGCCUCUGGAGCAGCAAUACCGACUCUACUCCCGGGAGCUGGGCGAGGGCACAUUGGACCGACUGCUGCUGCAGCUCUCAGUAAUGUCCAGCUCUCUCCAAGAUGGCCCCAUUAUGAACGUGUCACCCGCACCGACUGAGGAGACCAGCGGGGAGCCUCUGGGUGACAGGAGGGAUCUCCCGUGGGGGGCCACAUUUGAGCUGCCUCCGAUGCUCUUGGAGAGAGACAGUGACGGGAACAGGUCCUCAAAAAGCACUCCCUUGCGGAGGCUUGGAAAGCAAGACUCUCUUCUCCCUCCGCCAGCCCUCCGCAUCUUGCUGACACCCCCCAUGCUUGAGAAGCCGAGUGCUCUAGGCGUCAAGAGCCUGGUCUCCAGGCUGCAGGCCACGGCUGGCUUGGAGCUGAGGACCCCACAGCCAGCAGGAGAGAUGAACAGCCCACCUCUGAGCGCCCAGGCCCUCAAGGAGAUGGCCCUGGGCACCAAGAGCAUCGCUCUCAUAGCAGCCAACCGGCGCUGCAAGGUGUAUGACAGGGAGGGCGGCUGCCUGGACUCCAGGGACCCCAGCCCUGCAGACUGGAGGUGGCCUCAUGCCAGCCCCAGCAGGGACCGCUCUCUGGAUAGGAAAGCAGGGAGGAAGCGGUCACCCUCAUUCACCUGGAGCCUGCAACAAUUGCAGGCGCUGGAGAAACAUCAGCCCUCUAUGGAACAUCCAUCCGAGAGCCAGCUGUCCCCAGCGCACCUCCAGCCACCGAAGCCAGCAGGGAGGAGCUUUUUCCCUGCCGUCCCUGUCCCUGUGGCCUCCAAGACGAAACCCAGCCUCAGUUUUCACACGGAGGAAAACGUGCUCCAAGUGCCAGAGGUCAGCUUCACCUUCCCCAGCGCCAUGUGGCAGAGCAACACAGCCUCAAGCCGGCCUCCCCUCCUGCCACGUGACAUCCGAGGGUCUACAGACAGCAGAGGCCGGCGUCAAAGCCCACUGCCCCCCAACAAUCCUUCCAAGCUCCAAGGUGGCAGUGCCAAGAGGCCAAGGCGUCCUAAGUAGAUGGCAGCAGGAGACAGCCAUCUGGAAGGUCGAGAGUCCGGUGGACCCCAACACCUGACUGGAGAUGGAGAAGUCGUUCAGGACUUGAGGGUUACCUUACAUGACUAAGGACCUGUCCAAGACCCCGUGUUGACUUUGGGCCUUUCCUGGGUCAUUACAGUUGCUGAGGAUGCUCCUGGGACCACUCCACUUCCCUGUUUUCCAAUGAUUGACAGCCCAUGGCUCACACUCAGGCUGUGGGGGUCCCUGGGGGAGGUCUGAGCAGCCUUAGAAAGGAUGGCAGAGUGUGUCCCCAAUACUAUGAACCUCUGAACAGUCUGCAAGUGGUCAUCUGGGGAAGCCAGCACUGGGGAAGGCAAGGUUGCUUUUUCCCUGCUGCCCGUCUCUCCCUACGAGCUCAUACAAGCUUCCCGGGCCUCCAGCCAUGCUGAUGUGGGAGCUGAUGAUGAGAGACAAGAGGGAACAGCCAGGCCAGUGAGAAAUGUGUGCUGUGCUUUUACUGGAACCUGCAUGUUAAGACUUAGGGGCUUAGGAAUUUGGACUUGUUUGUUCGUUUGGCACAGGGUCUCAUGUAGCUCAGCCUGGCCUUGAACUUGCAAUGUAGCUUAGGAUGACCUUAAACUCUUGAUCCUACUGCCUUCCUCUCUUACCUUCUGAGAUUACAGGCAUGGGCCACCACACCUGUCAUGUGGUGCUGGGGAUGGAACCCAGGACCUGGGGCUUGCUAGGCCAGCGCCCUAACACCUGCCACAUUCCCAAAGGCUUCUGUCUGCGCCCCCACCCCCUUUUUCCUGUUUUCUCAAGACAGGGUUUCUUUGUGUAGCUCUGCUUAUCUUGAAUCUCACUCUGUAGACCAGGCUGGCCUCGAAUUCAGAGAUCUGCUGCUUCUGCCUCCUGAGUGCUGUCAUUAAAGGCGUGCCCCACCAUUA